AUUUGAUACGUUUCGGUUGCUUAGCAGUGAAACAAUCAAAAGAUCGGAAAAAAUGGAAUCCUCUCAAUCGGUGCGCUCGGACCGCGAAGAAACUUUGAUCCGCCAGAUAUCCUGUCUGGAUCUGAAAAUCAAGCAAAUCAAGAAAAUAGCCAACCUGGCACCGGCUGUGCGGGCGAAAAUCGAAGCACUCAAAAGAACCCAGCAGGAACUGCUGGAGCGGGAAGCGGAGUUCCACCGGAAGGUUCACUCCCUGGAAGUCGAGCAGCAGAAAGUUUACGACGAGGUCAACGACAAGAGACGCCUGAUUGUGACCGGAUCGGGCGUGCCUCCGAUGGAGGGAGUUCCGGAGUGCAACGAUGAUGCGGCGGAUCAAUCCAGCGGUAUUCCGGAAUUCUGGCUGACGGUUUUCAAGAUGACUCCGGUGCUGCAGACGAUGAUCCGCGAGGCGGACGAGGAAGCUUUGAAGCGCUUGGUAGAUGUCAGGGUUGUGCUCAAGAAUGACCCCCAGCCGGGUUUUGUGCUGCUGUUCGAGUUCGAGCCGAACGAGUUUUUUAACGAUCGUGUUUUGAAGAAGGAGUAUAUGAUGAAAUGUGUUCCGGAUGCGGACAAGCCAUUCGCCUUCAAUGGGUUUGAAAUUUACGACACCAUCGGGCAGGAUAUUGACUGGAAGGAGGGAGCCAAUUUGACUAAGCUGAGAGUGAGGGACGAAAGUGGAUUGGCGCAUGAGGUGGUAACCACGAGUUUCUUCAAUUUUUUCAACCCGAAGGAUCUGUUCGAGGAAAAUUCUCUCGUAAGUGUUCAAUUCCUGGAGACCGAUUUCGAGAUUGGUUACUAUAUCAAGGAACGUGUGAUUCCGAGAGCAACAUCGUUUUUCGUAGGCGAAAUCGACGACACCGAUUUGGACGACUUUUCGGAUUCACCGGAAUCAGAAAGCGUUAGCGGUACUUUCGAUUUGGAGGCAGAACCAGCUGCAACAGAAUUAUAAACAUGUUCAUACAAAGAUUGUAAAUCAUAACGCUUGAAUAAAUAUAUCUUAUCUUGACAAGUCAA